AUGGGUGUAAAGUGUGAGCAGUUUCGUGCGCUGGCGCAUCCCGAGUGUCGCUCUUUGUUGCCGCUAACCUGUGUGCCGCCGGGACGAGCACUAGCGCACCAGGAGGGUAGUAUAGCUGACUUCGCACCGUCUACUCCGCCGAUGGUCCCAGCUCUUUUGGUUCACUGUAUUAAUGAAGUGGAGAAGAGAGGACUCACUGAGAGAGGGAUCUACCGCAUAUGUGCUGUGGAUAAAGACGUUAAGAGACUUAAGGAGCGUUUCCUCCGCGGCUGUGGGUCCCCCUCUCUCUCCAGCGAGGACGUGCACGUCAUCUGUGGUUGUAUCAAAGACUUCCUCCGCUCCCUCAAGGAGCCUCUAGUAUCGAGCGCCUUGUGGGCUGACUUCAUGAACGCAGCCUCACUAGCCGAGCCCAGUGACGUCACAGCUCAAAUGGUCCACGCUGUGUCUCAACUACCACAGCCCAAUAGAGACACGCUAGCAUUCCUCGUGUUGCAUUUACAGAAAGUAUCUGAAAGUCCUGGAUGUGAAAUGGGUGUUGACAACUUAGCUCGUAUGUUCGCCCCGAGCGUGGUGGGCUACGGACUAACGACUGCUGCCCAAAUGUAUACCGCCACUGAGAAGAUAUUCACUGUGAUGCAAGUAUUAUUCAACCUACCGGGCGACUACUGGUCCCAGUGGGCGUGUCCCUCCGAUGUGAGUUCACCUCUCAAUACAAAUAGACCCCGAGGAUUCUUCUUCUCUCCCGCUGAUACUGGGUAA